UCAUGCUCGCUCGCGGCUUUGAUCUCUAACAACAGUAACGUCAUUGCUCAAGCACUGCGAGGGGAGUUUCACGGGGAAGGGCAGACUAGUUCCUCUAGAGGGCUUGAACGCCAGUAGCUGCAGGCAGCAUCCACAGAACUUCUACCAGGAGCGCACAGUCUGUCUCUAUCAGCCCCACAAACUUCAGCGAUCGUCUUAGGAAUGGAACACCAGCUUCUUUGCUGCGAAGUGGACACUAUUAGGAGAGCAUACCAGGAUACGAAUUUACUCAAUGACAGAGUUCUACAAGCAAUGCUCAAAGCUGAAGACAAUUAUCUUCCUGCCACGAACUACUUAAAAUGUGUUCAAAAAGAAAUUGUGCCUUACAUGAGGAGGAUUGUUGCCACAUGGAUGCUUGAGGUCUGUGAAGAGCAGAAAUGCGAAGAGGAGGUUUUUCCCUUGGCUAUGAAUUACUUGGACAGAUUUUUGUCUGUUGAGCCGACAAAGAAAACAAGAUUACAGUUACUGGGAGCCACUUGUAUGUUUUUGGCAUCAAAAAUGAAGGAAACCAUUCCUUUAACAGCUGAGAAGUUGUGUAUAUACACCGACAAUUCAAUCCGACCUAGCGAGUUACUGCAAAUGGAGCUACUUGUGCUGAACAAGCUGAAAUGGGAUCUAGCGUCAGUCACUCCACACGAUUUCAUUGAACAUUUCCUCUCCAAACUUCCCAUUCAUCAGGACACCAAGAAAAUCCUUCGCAAACAUGCUCAGACCUUUGUGGCUCUCUGUGCUACAGACAUUAAGUUCAUCGCUAACCCGCCCUCCAUGAUCGCUGCUGGUAGCGUGGCUGCGGCAGUACAAGGCCUACAUAUGAAGAGCAUGGACGCUUCACUCACCUCUCAGAACCUCACAGAGCUGCUGUCACAAAUCAUCAAGAGCGAUCCAGACUGCCUCCGCGCCUGUCAGGAGCAGAUCGAAUCGCUGCUGGAGACCAGCCUUCGCCAGGCCCAGCAGCAGCACGCCGGCUCCACAGAAACCAAGACCAUGGAAGAGGAAGUGGAUCUCUCUUGCACCCCCACGGACGUGCGGGACGUGAACAUUUGAGCGGCCGAAAAGGGGGAAAAGACGGAAAACGCGUUUCUGUUUCAGAAAAAAAACAAACAAAAAAAACGGGCGAGAGGCUUUUCAGGAAGAAGAGUGAGAAGAUGGCGGAGAAGAUGGAGAUGGAUGAUGAUGAUGCUGCUUUGCGAUCACUCAGCACCCCCACCUUACUGUACUCCCCAUGGACACUCUAGCGCUCGCAGCAUAGUGCUUGACCCACCCCCCAUCCUAUUCACUGCCAAACCCGCUCCCCACCACCAUACCCAAGCCCCCACAGCCCCUACUCCCCUAAACGGCAUCCUGGUAGGUGGGGACAGCGAAGGGAUCAAUGCUUUUGCUCACGUGCCAUCACUUUGGCUUUUUAAAAAUUCCCUAAGUUCAGCUGAUCGAAGCAUGAAAUCGGGCAAAAAAAAAGAAAUGAAAUGACUCUUAUUGUGAAAGAAAACUAAAUACAAAAAAAAAAUCAUAAAAGAAAAACAAUCUGGAAAAAAGUACAGAGGCAGAAUAUUGUGUAUGAAAUCAUAUGUGGGAUGUAGACCUUGUGUUUUUUUUUUUCAAAUUGGGCAAAACACAAGUGUUUCUUAAAAAAAAAAAAAAAAAAAAAAAAAAUUCCAAAAGCCAACAUCACCUUUAAUAGUUUACUGGGGACAUUUGUCCAACAACAGAUUUUGUUUUCUGAUUUUGUUGUCCAAAAGAGUCAGUGGUCUUUUUUUUUGGGCAGUCGGCUCUCCCGGCUCAAAGCCAAGGCCUUUUCCUGCAUAAAGCCAAACAGCAGGGUCUGAACUGGACAGAAAUCAAAUGUUGUAGUGAGUGCUGCUACCAACGCCUUUGCACUCUGAUGUGCGUUACUACAUCUAAUGUUCAAAUUGAAAGGCUGUGAAUUGGUAUUGGGAUCCAAAACAGCUUAAAAACCCUAUGUGUGAUGAUGAUGAUGAUGAUGAUGAUGAUGAUGAUGAUGAUGGUAGAUGGUAGACACACGGCCAUGGUUCAGUUGGUGAGAAAUGGACAGACCAGAGCUGGCGUGUUGUGCACAAGUGUGUGUGCAGAGUUAACUUUUAAAGACCAUUUUAAAGGGUAGCCCAGUUGUCCAUGGACUAUGCUGUCUUGUUUUUUUAUUUCUGAAACCAUUCCACCUUAAAGCACUUUGAGUCAGUAGUACAUUAAUGACUAUUUUGAGUACAGCAUAGGAAACCAGAACAUGGGAAUGGUGGAAAAAAAUGGCAAUUUGCAAUGCAGAGCAAAAAUCUAACCUCUGUGGUUUCAGGAAAGGUGCGACAGCGCGAGUGAGACAUUUUUAUUCAGAAAAAGAAAGGAAGAAAGAGAAAACUGCCUGUCCAGCUCUAGGGAGUAAGACUCAGCGUUUUAUAUCUACACAUUCAUACAGAGAUACAACAACGAAAAAAGCUAUCGGGGUCACGGCGGUCAGUUGUAUUGGUGACCGCAUACAGUGUACAUUGUUUCAUGUUUCACGACACACUUUCACGACCAUUGCAUUUUCUGUUGCUUGAAUUGCAUCUGAAGCAUAUUGAAACACUAGAAUAAUGUAAUUUAUAGUUAUCUUAAGCGUUAAUGACUAUUUAUUGCAAAAAAACAUAUUCUCUUUUCAAGGCCAGUGUGGAUUUUGACAGAAUGGUUUAGUCUUCUAUGAUUAUUUAAAUCUGUUCAGUGCACAAUUGCUAACAAACUAGUCAUAGAUAGUUGUUGACGUAAUGCAAUAAGUACUCAGUUUGUACGGCCUCGGAAAGAGUCUUUUUUUUCUCUCUCACUUUUUUUUUGAAACAGUGAAAAACCAUGAUGAUGAAUCAGUGUGCAUCGGAAAUUCAAAGAGGAAAAAUGACUAAGUGUUACCCAUUUUUCAACUGUACAAACAACAAGGUUUUAGACGAUUUUGCACAAACUCAAAGAUGUCUGCUGCCAUCCAUUGUAGAGUGGUAAAAAAAAAAGAUACCAUUUGUGGGAAAUAGCUGAGAAAAUGAGUUGUGGAGCGAGAAUCUGUAGUGGUGGCAUGAAGUAAGAGGAAAAAAUGUGCCGAAUCAUUGAGUGAUUGUACAGUUUAAAAGCAAGAAAGGUGGAAUGAACACUCCUCACUCUGAGCUGCUAUGGAGGUAUUCCCAGCAAAUAUUGAUGACUUAAAAAAAAAAAAAAGAAAGAAAAAGAAAAAAGAAAAAUGCUUUUUUCUCUUAUAAAACUGUUUGCUGCUAUUUUGUGAAUAUGUUUUUAUUACAGUGUCAAUAUACUGCCAUGUAAUAGGUUUUAAUUUUCUCAUAGAAAAUGAUAUUAUUGACAUCGUUGUUUUUGUAGUGUGUGUUUUAUGUGAUAUGCGUUUUUUUUUCCUUAAUGUGAUAUGCGCGCUAUUCCAAAAAAAAGGAAAAAAGACAAGAAAAAAAGAGAAAAAAGUUCCUGUUUUUCCACUAUACCUCAUGACUAUUUACAGGAUUUUUGUUCAUUUAGUCCAGUUUUUUUUUCUCUUCCUCCUCCUGACGUCUUUUGUCAGUUUUUAUUUCCACAUAGAUGUUUUUCCAACUGAACUAAAUGAAAACCAUGUAUGUAAAUCCAAAUGGGUCCCUGCUGAGCGUUGGUUGAGGCAGAGUGUAAUUGGUGCCAUUGAUUAUUGAACUCUUGAAUUUGUUAAGUGUUUCAUUGAAAGAGACUGUAAUGCCCCCAUUCGGCCCAUGAUGGCCCGUGUAUAUAUUUAUAAAGUUUUUUUUGUUUUGUACAAAUUGAAAAUAUAUAUUAUAGAGUUUUUAAAAUGGCUAGCCUUCUCAUGAUGAGGCCAUAGUCUUGUUUUUUUCUCCGGGUUAAUUCAACACCAUUUUCAUUCAUUUUUGAUGUACUUCGCGUACUCCGUUUUUGUAAUUGCAGGUAUUUUGGCAUUUUUCAAUCAAGUGUAUGUACUGCACAAUAAACAAACACACAAAACACCAUAUGACCAAGCCUAUUGUAUCUUCUCUCCCAAAAACGAAAACCAAAAACAAACAAAAAAACUAGUUGACAGCCAGAAUUGGCAUUACAUGACAGUCCCACAAUAUAAGAUACAGGAAACAGUAGUGGCCCUUGAUAAGAGGAGCUCUACAGCGCCCCCUAUCCCUUUAGGAGUCUAAAAGCUAUGCCUCACAUAAGUGCUGCAAUUCAACAGUCAUAUUGGAGUUCUAGAGGGCAGAGUUCAUAAUCAUUCUUUUCCUUUUUCUUUUUCCUUUAUGCUGCUUGCAAACCCAGGACCCAGGAGGAUCACUCAAUUGUUUUCUGUCUCGACCAGCAGUGAUGUUUUUUUCUGUUUUUGUUUGUGUUUUCUUUUGUUUUACCUCAGAGACAUCUACAUGACUUCACUGAUAAAAGAAAGAAACCGUCUUGCUCGGUCAGUUUCUUGUCUAACAGAGGACAUGUGCGCCCUGAUGUCUCUGGUGGAAAGAUGAUUUUUGGUUGUCAGGCUUUCAUUCGCUCGAGUGUCAGGGCAUGUCGUGCACAGUGAUAUCAUGUGGGAUAACUGUACAGGGCUGCUCUUGUCCUUUGGAAGAUGGUAGUCAUAAGCUAAAUGGGGGGAUGAUGGACAGGCCAACUGUACAAGAUUGCUUUUGUGAUGCUAUGACUGGUUUGGUCUGAAAUGCACAUUGCUCCAAAAUUGUUUGUGCGCAAUACAGUAUGUUUAAAACAUCAUUUUAAGGUAAAAUAAAAAA